AUGCUCGGGGAGGAAAUUGAGGUUACUGAGAGGAAAAAAGUGCCUCACACCAGCCCCAAAUCCCUGCAGGAUCAAAGGAAAAAAUACUCAAAUUCCAACGUCAUUAUGCACGAGACUUCCCAGUACCACGUCCAGCACUUGGCCACCUUCAUCAUGGACAAGAGUGAGUCCAUCACAACAGUGGAUGACGCGAUCCGGAAACUCAUCCUGCUCAACUCCAAAGAGAAGAUCUGGACACAGGAGAUGCUGCUCCAAGUGAAUGACAAGUCUAUCCGGCUGCUGGACUGUGAGACACAGGAGGAGCUGGAGGAUUUCCCCCUGCCAACAGUGCAGCACUGCCAGACAGUGCUCAAUCAGAUGCGCUACUCCUCCAUCCUCCUGCUCGUGUGUCAGGAUUCUGAGCAGCACAAACCUGACAUCCACUUCUUCAACUGUGACGAGGUGGAGGCGGAGAUGGUUCAUGAGGACAUAGAAAGUGCCCUGGCAGACCACAAGCACGGGAAGAAGAUUCGGCCACAGACACUCAAGGCAAACCAGGAAAAGAUCAAGCAGAGACAAUCUAUCCUCCCACCACCUCAAGGACCAGCUCCCAUCCCGAUCCAGCAUGACAUGCGAGGCUCAGCAAUGAACAGGAACAGGGUGGCACCUCCUUCUCACCAUGAUCCAGACUAUGAUCGACGAAGCUCUGGCUCUCAUGACCAUGAGGAAUCCCGCGCCAUGUUAGCACAGAAGAUUGAAAAGGAAACGCAAAUCCUGAACUGCACCCUGGAUGACAUUGAAGUGUUCGUUGCUCGGCUCCAGAAGGCUGCAGAGGCAUUCCGACAGCUCAACCAAAGGAAGAAAGGGAAGAAGAACAAGAAGAAAGGGCCAGCAGAGGGAAUGCUGACCCUCCGAGCAAGACCCCCGAGCGAGGCCGAGUUCAUCGACUGCUUCCAGAAAACCAAGCUGGCUUUUAACCUCUUGGCCAAACUGAGGAAGCACAUUCAGAACCCCAGCGCUUCGGAGCUGGUGCAUUUCCUAUUUGGGCCACUGGAACUGAUCAUCAAUAGCUGUGGUGGCCCUGAGCUGGCCCGAUCUGUCCUCAGCCCACUGCUUUCUAAAGAUGCCACUGAUUUCCUGAGAGGACACCUGACACCCAAAGAGAUAAACCUCUGGGACUCCCUGGGGGAGACAUGGACCAGAUCCAGAGCUGAGUGGCCCCGAGAUGCAAACAUCCCCACCUACAUCCCCAAAUUCCGCAAUGGCUGGGAACCACCUACAGAAAUCUUCCGUGGAGCUCCCUGGGAAAUCGACAUUGGACACUUGCAAGAGGAGCUCUCCUCAGCCAAUGGAUAUCCUUACCGGAACACCUCACUCAAGCGUGGCCAGACGGCUGAGCAGACACAGGCUGGGGAUGCCUUCAAACAGAAUGUCACUCCACAUGGAAACAGGAAUUUUGAGGCCCAGGGAGUGCCCAGGAGAUUUGCCAAAAUCCGCUACGAUUUCACAGCGCGAAACGCCAACGAGCUCUCAGUGCUGAAGGAUGAAAUCCUGGAGGUGUUGGAAGAUAAUAAGCAAUGGUGGAAGUUGCUCAACCGGAGUGGGCAGGCUGGUUACGUUCCAUACAAUAUCCUGGAUGUGGUGAAUCUGGAAGAGCUUGAACAGUCUAACCAGAGGUACAAAGGAGACCUGAGCCCCAGGGGGUAUGGCCCAUCCAGUCCAACUCACAAGAUGCCUGCCAGCUACGCUGGGGAUAAGUGGGGCAGUGAGAUGUUAUCACGCAACUCUCCACAGGACGCCAAAGAACAACUUAUUCACCAAAUGGAUGAGCUGAAUGAUGAGCUGCUAAAGAAGAUCACAAACAAUAAAAUUCAGCCUCCCCACAGGAAUUUCAAAGUGGAAAAGCCUCAGCAAGUUCUUGUGCCCCUCACCUUUGAAUCCAGCACUGAAGAAGUCAAAGCCUGGCUGGAGGCCAAGUCAUUCAGCAAAGAGACUGUGGAACACCUGGGCAUCCUCACUGGAGCUCAGCUCUUCUCCCUUAACAGAGAGGAGCUGAAGAAGGUGUGUGGUGAUGAGGGAAACAGAGUCUACAGCAAGAUCACAGUGGAGAAAAACCAGCUGGAGAAAAGCAGAGGAGAGUCAGAGCUCCAGGAAAUCAUGAAGCGCCGCCAGGAAAGGAUUGAUUCUGCUAAUUAAAGUCUCUCUGCUUUAUUUCAGCUCUUAGCCCUAAGUAGUGCAGAAAAAAAGGGAAUGAAAGCAAUGAUUCCCGGCCCAGGCCGGAGGCAGCAGAGCUCCCCUUGGGGUCCAGCUGCCAUCAGAGUGACAAUUCCUUGAACACUCUUGGGAAGGGUUGACAAUAAGACCAUGUCCCACUGGGAAAGGCGUUUUAAUUUUGCAUGAAGUAUUUUUUUUAUAUCUAUAUAUUUUAUACUGGAAUUUUCCAUGCAUGCUAUCGGAGCAGGAUUCACACGGGGCUGGA